GUCUUCCCAGUCGGCUGGCAACUGCCGUUAGUCGCUCGAGGCCUUCAGCUGUAUCCCAAGUGUGGUACCCGACUUCAGGUACUCUGGGUAGCUGGUCCCUUUCCUGUCCUUCCCAGGCUUGGGGAGAAGCUGGUAGCCUUGCCAGGGAGCUGUGCAGAGGCAAGUGUGGCCCAUGGACCUGCCAGAGAGUUGGGCCGGUCGGCCAGCCACAGAAGUUAACCACUGGGAGCAGCCGGAGGAUGGGAGCCUGGGGCCACUGCUCAGCUUGGAGGAGCAGAUACUCAACUCCACAUUUGAAGCCUGUGACCCUCAGAGGACAGGCACUGUGGCUGUGACCCGAGUGCUGGCUUACCUGGAGGCUGUAACCGGCCAGGGCCCCCAGGACGCACGCCUUCAGACAUUGGCCAGAAGCCUGGACCCCAACAAGGAGGGCUCUGGGGCUACUGUGGACUUGGACACCUUCCUCGUGGUCAUGCGGGACUGGAUUGCUGCCUGUCAGCUGCACGGGGGAUUAGAGCUGGGAGAGGAGACCGCCUCUGAGGGAGCCCUGACUUCCCUGCAGCUGCCAUCUGGAUGCCCAGAAGCUGAGGAGCCAUCCAACCUGGAGAGCUUUGGAGGCGAAGACCCCAGGCCUGAGCUGCCUGCCACUGCUGAUCUGCUGAGCAGCCUGGAGGACCUGGAGCUCAGCAACCGACGCCUGGCCGGGGAGAAUGCCAAACUGCAGCGCAGUGUGGAAACAGCCGAGGAGGGCUCGGCUCGCCUUGGGGAGGAGAUCGCAGCCCUCCGCAGGCAGCUCCGCAGCACCCAGCAGGCUCUGCAGUCUGCCAAGGCCGUGGAUGAGGAACUCGAGGACCUAAAGACUCUGGCCAAGAACCUGGAGGAGCAGAAUCGAAGCCUCCUGGCCCAGGCCCGGCUGACGGAAAAGGAGCAGCAGCACCUGGUGGCAGAGGUGGAGACUCUACAGGAGGAGAAUGGAAAGCUGCUGGCUGAGCGGGAUGACGUGAAGAGGAGGAGUGAGGAGCUGGCCACAGAGAAGGAUGCUUUAAAGCGGCAGCUCUAUGAGUAUGAACGCCUCAUCUGCCAACGGGACGCCAUCCUUUCCGAGCGCACGCGGCAUACCGAAAGCCUGGCCAAGACAGUGGAGGAGUACAGAGCCACCACCCAGGAACUGAGGCGGGAAAUCUCUCACCUGGAGGAGCAGCUGAGUCAGGCCCAGGAGGCACCAGAUGAGAUGCUGGAAGGAGCCCAGGCAGGAGGAGCAAGCUGGACUAUGCCACUGCCCCCAUCGCUGGGUUUGGAGAUCGAGGCCAUUUGGCAGAAACAAGAGGUGACAGGUGAUGAUCUCUCCAGUCCGCUGUGUGGAGUAUGGCAGUGGGGAGAGGUCACCCGGGAGCCCAGUGAAGAACCUGAGGUUCCAUCUGAAGUCCCAGAUGGGGGACAGAAAAAUGCCAAGGGAGAGCCAGCAUGCCCUGAAGGAGAGAGGAAGGAAUCAUUCCUGUGGUUGCCCAGAAGAGAGGAAUCAGAAGCAGAAGAGGAAGCAGAAGGGAAUUGCUGGCUCACGGCUGAUCCAUCUAUCCUUCUGAGAGACCCUUACCCUGAAGACAUUGCCGGACACCCUCCUGAGAGCCCUGCCGAGCUGGUGCUCCAGCAAGCCCUGGUGCCUGUGGUAAAGGAGCUGGUCCCAGUCGAGAGGCCCUGGGACCAGUACCACCUGUCCCCACUGUGUCCCCAGCCACCCAGGGCCCCUCAGCACUCGCUGCUCCAUGCCCGGGUCCUGGGCCCGAUGCUCCUGCUGCUGCUGCUGCUCUCAGCAAUGCUGCUGGGCCGGAUCCGGCCACCCACCUGGCCCCACCUGCAGCUCUGUUACCUUCAGCCGCCACCCGUGUAAGCGCCACUUCCCUCACCCUGCUCAGUGUUGUCACCACCUGCCAGGCCCACACUCCCAGAGCCAGUGCAGGGGCAGCCCCAUCUCUGUGUUGGGUAUUUAUGUGAUAUCUCCACAUUUCCU